GCGAACGGCAGCGGCAUGUGGAGGUCGGGGGCGGCCGGCGCCGUGCGGGCGGCUCGGCGGGCGGCGGCGCGGCGGCGGAGCGCAGGCCCCGGGGACGCCCCGCUGGAGGGGGCCGCCGUCCGCGGCCGGGCGCAGUUACAAUGUGCUUCAGAGCUGAAGAGCAGGACUGUUCAGUUUAUGAAUAUAAGAAAUGCAGGAACUCUGAAUGACAGAAGCUCUUUAGAUGAGACCACUUACGAAAAACUGGCUGAAGAAACACUGGACUCCUUAGCAGAUUUCUUUGAGGACCUAACAGAUAAGCCUUUUACCCCAGAAGAUUACGAUGUCUCUUUAGGGAGUGGAGUUUUAACAGUUAAAUUAGGUGGAGACAUGGGAACAUAUGUAAUCAAUAAACAAACACCAAACCGGCAGAUUUGGCUGUCCUCACCCACUAGUGGGCCCAAGCGCUAUGACUGGACUGGACGGAAUUGGGUCUAUUCUCAUGAUAGAGUAUCCCUUCAUGAACUACUAUCAAAAGAGUUUUCAACAGCAUUAAAAACUAAAUUGGAUUUGUCCUGCUUAAUAUAUUCUGGAAAAGAAGAUACUUGAUGAUAUUCUACCUCAUGGAACUUUAAAGACUUUAAGCACAAGCCCUUCCUUGUUUUCUGAGUACCUGAGCUUACUGUUUUUCUUGACAUCACCAUGUUGUGCAGCAAUAUGAAAAUAAUACAUUUUUCUCAAGUGCUCAGCAUUUGGGUUUCUGUGUCAGUGCUUGAAUCUAUGCCCAUGGUUGAACACAUGGUUGAGGUCUCCCUUCCUGUCACUGCAUUUCUUACUUUCUUACCGCAGAAGCUGUGGAUUCUUACUGUCUGUAGUUUUGCUUGGACUGGCCUGCCUGGUGAGUUCUGACAAGCGCACAAGUGUCAAACUUUUUUGUUGAGACAUUAGCCCAAAACCAAGAAAUGCCUCUGAAUUACAAUGAUGUAAGCUGUGGUACUUUGAUGCGUUGAAGUAAAAGUUGCUGCUAUUGAUGAGAUUUUAAUGUUACUGCAGGUAAAUAAGGCAUAGGAGUCAAAUUGAACGUGUCAUAAAGGAAAUGACUGUGGCAGAUGGAAACUUUUCAUUUUGUGUGAUGGAUGUAAUUUUUUUCUCAGUAUUGCAGAACUUGCUCUUUUCUCCAAAUUCUCGUUUUUUUUAUGUUGGGAUAUUUUUCUGAGCUAAACUUAAAACUAUCAACAGGUCUGUAUGGUUGUAAGCAUCAUAUGAACUCAAAAAGGCUAGUGUGUAAUGUUUAAGCUGUGCAGCAGUCUUUCUGCAAAUACUUUAUUCUCUUACUGUGAAUUUCUCUUCCUGUUUUUACUCUCCACAGAGUAAAAAGAUGUAAUUUAUUGCCUGUUUUUUAGUUAAGGUAAAUGGAGAUCCUUGCACGAUAGCAAAAAUUGCACCACUGCAUUUCUUAGGUGAGUGGGCUUGGAUUAUCUUUUUUAACCAUUAUAUGAGACUUCCCUUAAUACCAUGUUCAUGCAGAAACAUUUCCCUUUGGGUUUUCAGAUAGGUUUUUAAAAAAAGAAAGAGAUAAUGAAAUAAAUUAUUAUGCUCCAGAUCUUACACCAAAAAGUUUUAAAAAUGUUGAACCACAAGAACACUAACACUUGCACUGUUGUAUUGAGUAUCAGUACUAUUGCCACUGAUUAUUCUUGAAUUGCCUAUGAAAUGGGAGCACAAAGUUGUUGUCUGAUUCUUGAGAUAACUUAUACCAUAUUGUUAACAUAUUUUUAUCAUUGGGUGAAAAGAUGUUCACUGCAAAUUACUUUUCUUCGUGGUUCCUCUGACACUUCUGAUUAGUUUGUCAUGAUUCUCUGGCUAACUGGAAUUAUUACAGGUGCGAUUAAUUCCGCUACAGAAGAACAAUAGCUAGAUAGCAUCAUUGUCCAGUACUUACAUUUAAAAUAUAUGUUGUUACUAGCUAUUUCCCACUGUUAAUUAUAGAACACCAUUUCCUUGGAACCAGAUCAUGAUUAAGUGCGCAAACUGUGAUCAUGUUAAUUGUGCAAACUGUUACAUGUUUUUCAAUCAAAAUUUUACAUGGUCACUAUUAUCUGAAAUAUAUACUCUACUGGAUGAAGUAAAUAAAAUGACUAGCAAGUAGUGUAAGAAUAAAAGAGGCUUUUUUUUUUCCCUCAAAUGAAAGCUAAAAACAGAACAUCUUUUUGCUGUUUUGAAUUUAGAACGGUAAAAAUAAUUUACAGCACAUGGAAAACAAUAGUAUUCCAAUCAGUCUCCUAGUAACUAAGAAGGUUACUUAGAUACAUCUGGAUAGAUGUUAAUUAUCUGAUAUUAGAAUCAAGGAUACUUCCUCUUGCUUCUUUCUUUGCAUGAUCAUAUAUAACUUGUGUAAUUAUUUUUUCCUAUUGACUAUUCCAAAAACUAUUUCAAGUAAUUUGCAUGCAAUUGAUUCAUUAACAUGCAUCUGAUUCAUAUUUUGGGGUUCAUUCUCUGUGCCUUUUCAUCUGGUACAGUUGUUCACACCAAAAUAAAAUUGCAUGUAGAGUUCUGAA